AUGAUAAGGAAAUGCCCAAGUCAUGGUCUAGCUCCGGGGCAUGACCUCUUGAAAUUCUACAAAGGUCUCAACAAUGAGGGCACGGGACUAGUCACUGCAGGCUCAAACGGGAAUUUGGAUGAUCUAACACAUGAUGAAGUGAGAGCCUUGUUUCAAAGGUUGGCCAACAAUCAAAGGAAUUGGCACAAUCCAAGAAGAGGAGCUGAUAAGGCAGGAGAUACGUUUGGUGCUACAAAGGAUGCGGAAAGAGUGACCGCAAUUGAGGCUCAACUGGCGGACAUUAGCACUCAAAUGUCGUCGAUGACAAAGGCAGUUAAAUCUCUUCAAUUGACUCCUCAACCCCAAGCUGUGACUUGCCCAAGUCUUCAAGGACCUCCCGUGGAGGAUGUGAACUACAUUGGUAACAAUCGCCAAGGGUUCAACCAAGGCAACCAAUACAACAACCAGCAAAAUUGGAGGCCUCAACAAACGAGUUGGAAUCAAGCUGGUCCUAGCAAUAACUCGGGUAAUCAAUGGAGGAACAACACUCAACCCCCGGGUUAUGAGAAGAAGCCAUCCGUCGAGGAUCAAUUGGGACAGAUUCUCUCUUUUAUGUCUAAGAGUCAAAAGGAGAACGAAAAUUUCAAGGACAAGACAGUGGAAAAGUUUGGACAGAUGGAGGCUAUUAUGAGGAAUCUCGAGACUCAGAUUGGACAGCUAGCUACAGCAUCACAUACGAGGAUUCCUAACACCAUCCCAAGUAAUACUGUACCCAACCCGAGAGGCAAUGAACAGUGUAAGGCAGUGGUCUUGAGAAGUGGUCGUGAGUUGGAUUCGACACCAUCAAUGGACGGCCAAGAACAGGCUGCAUCCGGCAGCAAGGGACAUGGUGUAGAAUCCGAAGUAAGUGAAAGGUUGUCAGCAGAAGAGAAAGGAAAGCAGAAAGCAGAAAUGGAAUCAAAGAGACAGAUGAUGACAAGUCCAGCACUAGAUCCGAAAAGCAAGUUCAACUUCCCCGAUCAUAUUCCUCCUCCACCAUGUCCACCCAAGAGGAAGAAGAGGGUCCCUAAAGAGAAAAGCUUUGAGUGGAUGAUGAACGUGAUCCGGAAAGUGAAUGUGGAUGUCUCAUUAGUGGAUCUCUUCACUAAUUUCCCCAAGUUCUCCAAGUUCUUCAAGGACAUGAUGGAAAAUAAGGAGAAACUUCAAGAUGAGGGGAUAGUGGCAUUGAGCAUGAAUUGCUCACAAUUGAUUUCGGGAAUGAUGCCAAUGAAGAAGAGGGAUCCCGGAAGUUGUGUGAUUCCUUGUGAGAUCGGGAAUACAAUCUUCACAAAAUGCCUAUUAGAUCAAGGAUCGGGGAUCUCACUUAUGGCUUUGAAAACUGCUAGAGCCAUUGGAUUAGAGAAGAGGAUGGAACCCAUCGACAUUGCUCUACAAUUGGCUGAUCACUCCAUUGUGAAGCCCACUGGAAUAGUAGAGGAUGUCUUGGUCAAGGUAGACAAAUUCAUCAUCCCUGUUGAUUUCAUAGUCUUGGACAUGCCCGAGGACAAAGAGGUACCAAUUUUGUUUGGUAGACCGUUUCUUGCCACGGGAGAUGUGUUGUUAGGAGCUAAAGACAACUCUGUCACGUUUAGAAUUAAUGGUGAGCAAGUGACCAUUAAUGUGGAGAAAGCAAUGAAGCAUCCUAGUGAUGCAAAAGCGUGUUUUAGAGUUGAUGUCCUUGACAAGUGCAUCUUUGAUAAGAUGUGUUGCUCAGCUAGAAUGGAAGGAAGCGUAUAUGAUAAGGGGAGUUUGGAAAGAGACUUUGGUUCGACAAUCAAAGUAGAUUUUGAUGAAAGUGAAGAUGCUCAAAUUGAUCAACCAAAUCUAGAAAAUGAAUGUGUGGUGGAUACUUUUGUAGAUGAUGUGAAACCUUCAAUCGAAGUACCACCAAAGCUUGAAUUGAAGCCACUCCCAACGAAUCUGAAAUAUGCCUUCCUUGGUGAGGAUGAAACGUUACCGGUUGUAGUAUCGGCCUUGUUGAAUAAUGAAGAGGAAUAA